AUGCCAAAAUCUUGUAUUUUAAAGCAUCUUGUGCCUUCCUUGCUGCUUCCCUCCAGCUUUGAUUCCCAGCUGUACCAGCUGGUGACCUCUCAGUGCCACUCGUUGCAUGGUACACUGAUGGAGCUCGUCUGUAAGUAAAUGGAGGGCAAGGGGGAGGAUGCUGAGCCUCUCCCCAUGUCUGUCUCCAAGGAUAUCAUCCCAGCGCCCCUCUGUAGAGGACCCCAGGGAGGAGAGUAGAGGCUGAGGGAUACAGUACAGUGCUGUGCUGUAUAGCAACCAGCUGGGACAUUCCCCUGGAACUGGAUGAAGUAACAGAGAAAGUGGAAAGAGCACUCAAUGCAGUUGGAGCCUACUCUGGAGCCAGCUGUGCCCUGGGCUACUGGUCAACCUUAGCCAGCCACCUGCCCUCUCUUAAGGUGCUUCAUCUGCCAUGGCAUGGGGGACCCAGGCCCCUGGAGCCUGACACUUUCUCCCUAUGUGUCUGCAGACGACCAUCAUGGCGGUGGAGUUUGAUGGGGGCGUCGUGGUGGGUUCUGAUUCCCGAGUGUCUGCAGGACAGGCGGUGGUGAACCGGGUGUUUGACAAGCUAUCUCCCCUCCACCAGCGCAUCUACUGUGCCCUCUCGGGCUCGGCCGCCGAUGCCCAGGCCAUUGCUGACAUGGCCGCCUACCAGCUGGAGCUCCAUGGGUUGGAACUGGAGGAGCCUCCACUCGUUCUGGCUGCUGCGAACGUGGUAAAGAACAUCAGCUACAAGUACCGGGAGGACCUGUCGGCCCACCUCAUGGUAGCUGGCUGGGACCAGCAGCAAGGGGGCCAGGUGUACGGUACCCUGGAAGGAAUGCUCAUCCGACAGCCCUUUGCCAUCGGCGGCUCUGGCAGCACCUACAUCUAUGGCUACGUGGAUGCGGCCUACAAGCCAGGCAUGUCCCCUGAGGAAUGCAGACGCUUCACCACAGAUGCCAUCACUCUGGCCAUGAACCGGGAUGGCUCGAGUGGGGGUGUCAUCUACCUGGUCACCAUCACCGCUGCCGGCGUGGACCACCGAGUGAUCUUGGGCAACGAGUUGCCCAAGUUUUAUGAUGAGUGAUGCCUUCUCAACUUUCUUGUUUUGUAAUAAACUUUCUAGGAGCAGAA